AUGAUCAGCACUCAUCCGCAGGACUCCCUGGAAGCCGGCGGCAGGGACAGGAGCAACCACGGGGCCAGCGCUUCCGUCGCUGGUGACGGCGCUGCGUCUGCGGACGCCUCGCCGAAGCACCGCGCCGCGCCCCGCGCGCGGGGGGCCAAGCAGCAGGCAGCCGCCUUGCAGCAGACGUUUGCGGCGCAGCUGUCAGAGGCGCUGGGGCCUGGCAUCACCGCCGACGACGCCGCCGCGGCUAUCCGCGCGUGCAGCAUCACCCGCCUUGACCAGUGGCCGGUGCAGGUGCUUGCGGACAACACGGCGAGCCUUUGGGAACUCACGAAUUGCAGCUCGCGCGCCGGGCGCGCGCGCGCUGUGCGCACGGCGCCAGAGCUGCUGACGCUGCCCAAGGACGAGCAGCGAGAAGUGCUCUUGGAAUUUGGGCGCUUUUUUGAAGGCGACGUCGACGGCUCGCUCCUGCGCGCUGCGUUCCGCAACCCGCGCGAGGCGCUCGUGCACCCGUCGGCGCUGCAGCUGCGCGCUGCCGGCCAAGUAUUUCGCCGCAACCCCCGCGCGGUGCUCGUGCACCCGUCGGCGCUGCAGGCGCGCUUUGAGGCGGCCAUGCGCGCGCUGGCGCUCGCCCUCGCCACCCACGGCACCGGCGGGCUGGCCGAGUCAACGAAUUCAAUAAAGUACAUGCUGAAGCAGACCCCGGGGCUGCUUAGGCUCCCAGAAGGUGUCCUAGAGCAGAGAAUGGAGGCGAUGCAGCAGGUGGACAUGCCGUUCAUCUUUGAUUCCGCGUCCUGGAUGCAGCGCAUGAUGCUCAAGACGCCCCAGCUGCUGCUGAUCGAGCCCCGGGCGCUCUUCGCCAAGUUCUUGCUCAUGCAAGACGGGCUCGGCAAAGACUUCUUUGUGCACGAGCUAGACGAAACGAUUGGCUGCCUCGCCAGCUACAGCCCGACGCGGCUCUCGCGCUAUCUCUUCCUGAAGCGCGCCACAAGGCUGCCGUCGGCUGGCAGGCGGCGCAAGCGGCGCAUCAGCGCAAGCGAGAAGGGCUUGGCGGCGGAGGGUGUGGAGGCAGCGGGGGAGGGCGCGGCGCGGGAUGGGGCGGCCAGCAGCUGGUGCCGGGACGACGCUCGCAGCGGCGGUGAUAGCGAGUCGGAUAACAGCGAGGGUGAGGGGCAGGGCUUGGCAGACGUGGCCAACGACGAGCUGCCUCAAAUCGGCUCGGCCAUGUGGGUGUGA